GAGAGAGAGAGAGAAAUGUAAAUAAAUAAUUUGCAACAAAACUUGCAUACGGAGCAUACAGUUCUCUAAUUUUGAAAUCAAGAAAGAAGGUGGGGACAAGAGAAGAUAAAGAUGAAAACUGGAAGGCUCUUGAUUAUACUCUGCUUGGCUUUCUCUGGUUCUGAGCUGGAAGUAAACAUAGUCAAGUACAGCAGAGACAGCUGUCUAAAACAUCAGGAGUCUUUUCAGAAUGACACUUGUCAGACAGCUCUGAGCCCCAGCCACCAGCACCAUCAGCAAGCCCCCAGUGGUUUGCCAGGACGUCAUGAUCCCGGGAAGGCUGCGGUUUUGUGGUUCACAUUUCUGCUGACCCCAUGUGGGCAAACAUCCAAAUACCAAAAAAAAAAAAAAAAAAAAAUUGAUGUCCCAGGCUUUUGCAGCUUAUUUCCACAUCUGUUUCGUUUCCUCUGAGCUCCUGUUGCAGUUCUGAUUUCUGUGUUCUAACACCUGGCUGACCCAUCAUCUCCUGCACCUUGGUUCACUUCUGGAUUUACUAUUUCCUCAGUCACCCUUGGGAAAGUCAUGGAAGCCCUAGAGGAAACAUUAUUUGAAGAAUUUGAUAACUACUCCUAUGGCAUCGAUUAUUACUCUACAGAAUCUAACUCAGAGGAAAAAGCUCACCUGGGAGUUGUCCACUGUAUCUCCCUGGCGUUAUGCUGCUUGGCCUUUGUUCUGGGCAUUCCAGGUAAUGCCAUUGUCAUUUGGUUCACCGGAUUCAAGUGGAAGAAGACAGUCAGCACAAUGUGGUUCCUUAACCUGGCAAUUGCAGAUUUUAUUUUUCUUCUCUUCUUGCCCCUCUACAUCUCCUAUGUGGCCAUGAAUUUCCACUGGCCCUUUGGCCUCUGGUUGUGCAAAGUCAACUCCUUCAUAGCUCAGUUGAAUAUGUUUGCCAGCGUUUUCUUCCUGACUGUGAUAAGCCUGGACCGCUAUGUUCACUUGAUCUAUCCUGUCUUAUCGCAUCAGCACCGAACCCUAAGGAAUUCACUGAUCGUAGUUGUACUCAUUUGGCUUCUGGCUUUUUUAAUGGGUGGUCCUACCCUAUACUUUCGGGACAUUGUGGUGUUUAAUAACCACAUUAUUUGCUAUAACAAUUUCCAUGAACAUGAUUCCGACCUCAUUUUGUUGAGACACCACGUUCUUACUUGGAUGAAAGUUAUCAUUGGGUACUUGUUGCCGUUACUGACAAUGAGCAUUUGCUAUGUGUCUCUCGUCUUGAAGAUGAAGAAGCGAAGCACCCUGAUGACCAGUAAACAUUUCUGGACCAUCCUCGCUGUGGUCGUGGCUUUUUUAAUCUGCUGGACUCCCUACCACCUGUUCAGCAUUUGGGAGCUCAUUAUUCACCACAAUGUCUAUUUCCAGCAGGUACUGAAGGCUGGAAUCCCGCUCUCAACUGGCUUGGCAUUCCUCAACAGUUGUUUGAACCCCAUCCUUUAUGUCCUGAUUAGUAAGAAGUUCCAAGCCCGUUUUCGGGCAUCCGUUGCUGAGAUACUGAAGUACACACUGUGGGAAGUUAGCUGUUCUGGCACAGUGAGUGAACAGCUCCGGAACUCUGAAACCAAGAACCUGUGUCUCCUGGAAACAGUCGUGAGUUAGUUCUCUUCUCCAAAUCAUGGUUAUCCUUUUGUCUUGGCCUCUCAAGAGAUAUUUUCAGAUCUCUUGAUCCCAAAAUAUACAGCUGACUCUAUCUUCUUGUUUUGGUCAGUCUAUUGGUAGUAUUUUUGUGUGGAUUAAAGAAAAAUUGAGAAUGAACAUUUUUUUUUCAGCAACUAAAACUAUCCAUGUCAUUCUUACAAAUUAUACUGCAACAGAUUAGUCACCCAUGUUGAGGUAAUUAUCAAAUUAUUAUUUUUUUAAUCUUAAUACUUUUUUAAUAAUACUUGGGAACUCAUGUCUCAUGAGACAUGUAUGAUUAACUAAUUGCAAAAAUGUCAAAAUAUCUGUUAGAGCUCCCUUUCAUGCUGUAUGAGUAACCUAGUCUUUAAAAGCAAAUAUAUUUCACUUCUGCCAUGUAAUAUUAUAUAUACAUUUAUGAGUUAUAGUAAUAGUUGGUCAUAUUAAUUUAAAGCUCUGCUCCACUCAACUAAAUAAGCUGCCUCCAAAAUCUAAUUGCUUAAAAUAAUAAUUUUAUCACCGUUAUUAUUGUUAGUAUUAAUUAACCAAUAUUAACUAAUUCUGAGAGUCAUGAGUUCAAACAAAGCACAGAGGAGAGAUUUGUGUACAGAGCAUCAAAUUGACAGGGAUAACCCAAAUGGCUAGAAUCUGGAAUAUCUGGGUAUCGACUGAGCAGAUCUCUGCUCUCUUCCUUCCUCCUUUUAACUCUCUUCAAUCUCCCUUUGUCCCCCUUUCCCACUUCUUUCUGUCGGACAGCCCCCCAGCUCUGCUCCAUCGCUGAUACUAUGGUCUAUUUACAUAAUCAUUGUUUUGCCUGAGCCCCACCCUACCUGCAGGGUAUUAAUUAAUCCCACCAGUUAAAACCCUCACAACAGUUGCUAUGGAAGCUUUCUACCUUCGCGCUCUUUCCUUUUCUCCAUCCCCUUUCCAAGCCAUUUCCUUUUCCGACUUGCCACUUCCAUUUCAAAAGAUAUAAAGUCUGAUCAAUAAAGAUGCAUUGCAUUCCCGCUCCACCACGAGUUCCUGGUGCCUCUCCUGCAGCGUCGCUGAGUAAGCAGCAGCCCAGAGAGCACAUGGCCAGAAGAAACACCCUCAUGCUAGCCCGGCACUUUCUAUCUCCAUACAGUUAUUCCAACAUGGGCACUUCAUAGUAGCAAGCUUUUUCAUUUAGCAUCUUAGAACUUCAAUAUGCUUAUGCUUCCAGUUCUCAUAAAGGCUAUGUAUGCCUGACAAGGAAAGGGAACAGAACUCCCAUCACUCAACUUGGAUAUGCUCCCAUCUUUAAUCCUUGAUACCCUUGUAGGUAUGGUAGAUGGGAGGAGUUCUGGGUAUGUGCAAGUAUGUAUAAGAUUUCGGGGAGCUGGGCAGUGGCACAGCAGAUUAAGCGCACAUGGAGGAAAGCACACGGACCAGCAUCAGGAUCCCAGUUUGAGUCCCCAGCUCCUCACCUACAGGGGUUUUUCUUCACAGGCAGUGAAGCAGGUCUGCAGGUGUCUAUCUUUCUUUCCCCCUCUCUGUUUUCCCCUCUUCUCUCCAUUUCUCUCUGUUUUAUCCAACAACAAUGACAGCAAUAACAACAAUGAUAUAAACAAGGGAAAAAAAUAAAAAUAAUAAAGUUUCUUUUCAAAAAGAUAUUUCUAUGAAUACAAAACACUGACAUUCAGAUAGAAGAUAGGCCAGUCUAAUCUCAGGAAAAUAAUGCAUGUAUUAAAUAUUGAUGUAUGUCUAACUUCUGUUCUUAUAUCCAUAUGACAUAGUCAAUAUUGGUAUAAACCAAUAAAGUUAUCUGAAUAAGUCACUGA